AUGCCAGCAGUCCUGAUUCUCCUGACCUUUCUUCUGCCACUAGGAGAGGGAGCAGAGGAGGUCAUCGGGGGCCAUGAGGUCCCGCCACACUCCCGCCCUUACAUGGCAUUAAUUUCCUUUCUGAAAGUCGACGGCAACAGAAGCUCUUGCGGAGGCUUCCUGGUGCGAGACUACUUUGUGCUGACGGCUGCUCACUGCACUGGAAGCUCUCUCCACAGCUCAAUGACAGUCAUACUAGGGGCCCACAACCUCCAUGAGCAGGAGAAGACUCAGCAGAUCAUCCCUGUGGAAAAAGCUAUUCCCCACCUGGGCUAUAAUCCUCUGAACCACUCCAAUGACAUCAUGCUAUUAAAGUUGGAGAGUAAGGCCAAGAGGACUAAAGCUGUGAGGACCCUCAGGUUGCCUGGGCGCAAAGACCACGUAAAUCCAGGGGAUGUAUGUGGUGUGGCUGGCUGGGGAAAAACGUCCAUCAAUGCCAAUAAAGGAUCUGCCCUCUUAGAGGAGGCUGAAUUGAUCAUCCAGGGGGACGAGGAAUGCAAAAAACGCUUCCGUCACUAUUCCGAAACCACAGAGAUUUGUGCCGGAGACCCAAACGAAAUAGAGGCUCCUUCCAAGGGUGACUCGGGGGCACCCCUUGUGUGUGACAACAAAGCUUAUGGAGUUUUGUCCUAUGUAAAAUCCAAGAAGAUUUCUUCAGGGGUCUUCACCAAGGUUGUGUACUUCCUGCCGUGGAUAAGCAAAAACACAGAGCUCCUCUAACAGGUUAACACCUGUGCCCAACCAGCCUGUCUGACCUCAGGCACGAACCCCGAUGAGUGUGCGUCAAAGGCUGAAAAUCCAUAAUAAAUAACCCCCAGUGUGCAAGUAA